AUGGUCUUGGCCGACUUUUUUUGGCUCGACGACGCCAAAUUCGCCGAAGCUCUUCGCAAUGCAAGCGAUGCCGAGCUCAUGUUUGACGACAAACACAACGUCCGGAAACGAAAGGGAGGCAAACUCGGCGCAUGGGUCGGCACGGUACAAGCACCUCUCACUCUCGGCAUCAGCCUGGUCGGCACAGGUAUCGCGGCUCGCAACAGGGUGGUCGCAAAGCGACGACUCACCAUGAUCCACGAGGAGCUGGGUAGGCGCGGCCUCCAGAAACACGCAGAAGAUUGGUUUGACGCCGCUUUUGCUAUGAUGGCGGUCGGUGCAGGCACGGUUGUUGGCAUGAGUUUCGUGCCUGGCGCUGAGUUCGCCGCGCAGGAGUUUGCGAAGGCUGGUGCUACCCAAGCUGCGAUGUACUUCACCGGUGUUGCGACGUCGGAGGUGCUGCCGCAUGUUGGUUCGCUAGCAACGGAGACGGCAACGUCGCAAUGGUCGAACCCGGACAACUGGCACAGCAGGCCUUCGUCAGAGAGUUGGGUCCAGAUGGUGGAUCAGAAGUACACCUAUACCAGCUUUGUCGAGAUGGAGGCUCCGAUAUACGUACCGGCGCCGCGAUAUCCUAUAACUCAACCACACUAUCAAUGGCCAUGA